AUGUUGGACCUCCACGUCUGGGGUUCGGCGUUUGGCCUGCCGUCCAUUGAUCCGGAGUGCCUCGCUAUCAUCACAUACCUUCACAUCAGCCUCCCCGCCUCAGCCUGGCGCCUGAUCCCCAGCAACGACCCGUCCAUCAGCCCAUCUAAUACUCUCCCCGCACUCCACCAUGAGGGCGUCUGGACGAGCGGCUAUGCGCCCAUCGUCGACUACCUGGCUUCAAAGUCCCUCGGCGACAACCUGGACGCCAGCUUGACGCCCAUCCAGCAGGCGGACCGCAUCGCGUACGGUGCAUUCUUGACCGCCCAUGCUGCCCCCUUGCUGGACCUCUCGCUCUACGUCUCUGCUGCGAACUGGGCCGCCACUACUCGUCCUGCUUUUAGCUCACUCCUACCAUUCCCGUUGACAUGGACCGUUCCACCGCUGAUCCGGGCAGAGGCCGUGAAGCGUGUUGAGCAUCUCGGCUUCGCGGACAUGGACACUGACUUUGAUCCCAAUGGCGGCCUGCACCUAUCUUCAGGCCGGGAUGCUCUCCCUGAAGCGUUUCGAAGGCACAUCCCUGCGCGGACUAAGAAGACGAUUCACGAGGAGAUGACCCCUGAGCAAGCGGUGUUGAUUCGACUGUACGGACUGGCCGAGGACUGCCUCUCGGUGCUUGAUGACUACCUGAAAGGAGAUUCUGAGAAGACCUUUGGCUUCUUUGAGAGUGCUAGCCCUUCAUCUCUGGACUGCCUAGCAUUUGGCUACCUUGCAUUGAUGCGUGACGCUCCGGUGCCGCGGUCUUUCCUGAAAGAUUGGCUUGAGAAGAAGACACCUAGGUUGUCUAAGUUUGUGGACGACAUCAAGUCAAGAGGUCUGGAGAAGCAGGGCCCUCUUCCAUGGGUUGAGUCUGGCCAUGAUACGGCCCUCCGCGUUGGCGCUCGCACCCUCGACAGUAUUAUGUACAACAUCCCAGGCGUCGGCGACCACUACGCUACUGAAGUAAGGAGAAGAGCUGAGGAGAGCAUCAAAGGUGUAGACGGGAGGACCUUGAUGUUGGCCAUGAGCCUCAUUGCAACAAGUGCGGCUCUCGGAUAUGGCUACCAUAUGUACAGGGCGAUGCAGCCUUUUGGAUCCCGGAUACAGGUGUGGCAGUCGGAGCGGAAUCGCUCCAAGCUGAGUCGAUUAGGUGCGGUUGGUUCUAUACUGGAUUCUGCCUUCGGAAGCUAUCAAGCUCCACGGACCGCCCCAGCUUAUCAGUCAAGCGAGGCCCGGUUCGUCGAGACGGACACAGAGGUGGACUAA